AUGGCUUCUGUUGCCGUUCAGGAGUCGCCCAAUGCGGGCAGGGUGGUCACUACGAACGACCAACAUCAUCCUCUUGACCCUCUGGAAGCGCAAAUUUUCUGCAAAGCAGUUGGCAUGAAUCCUAAUGCCACGCAUGAAUUUGAAAUCCCUGACAUAAAUUUCUUGCAGGAGAUAGCAAGGCUUCCUGUCAAUUUCACAAAAAUCCCAAAUGGAACGGAUGUGCGAUUGAUGCGACGUUGGAUUGAUGAGGUUUUCCUGCGAGGGCCCCUUGCAGAAUACAGGGCUAGAAUCAAUAUCAAACGCCGACGGCCCAUAACAAAAGUCGAUGUACAAGAUGUCUCAGUACUCUGUUCGGGCACUAGCCGAGAGAGUUUCGGCAUACGCGUGUACAAUCCUCGUCUUGUAGAAAGGGAAUCAAAGAUACAUUCAAGGCCUGCCGUCUUGAUGUUCCACGGGGGCGGUUGGAUUCACGGGAAUCCCUUGGGCGAUGAAAACAUUUCGACGAUAUUCGCGUCCGAACUCUGUGCCGUGGUGUUCAGCGUCGACUACAGACUGGCCCCGGAAUAUCCUUUUCCAGCUCCCUUGGAUGAUUGCUGUCAGGCGUUAGAAUGGGUGAUUCAAAAGGCGCCAGAUUACGGGAUCGACACUGACCGAAUAGCUCUGUGGGGCGCUUCGGCGGGAGGAAACCUUGCGGCUGCUGUUGCUCUAAAACUGUCACAAACGCGGCCCUUGACAGAAGAUCGUCCCUUGCGAUUGGUGAGCCUCGUUGUACCUGUUACUGCCCAUCCGAAAGCACAAGCGCUGUUUGAGGAACAACGGGUCGUUAAGAAGAGCCAGAGCGAGGAAGCCAUUACUGAACUGUAUACCGCGAACUCGUCCGAUAUCUGUCAUCCUCUCAUUUCUCCUCUAAUGGCGCAUCCCAAUCCGCAGCACCCCGCGACACAUAUUACUGUUGCCGCGUGCGACUACCUGAUGGCCCAAGGCCUCGCAUACGCACAACUUCUCCGAUCGUUUGGUGUUGAAGUCACCGAAGAUAUUCUCCCUGGUGUACCGCACGGGUUUACCUUUGCGGUGAAUGCAGAGGUCACAAAGGCAUGGCUAGAAAGGCAGGUGGAUCUGUUCGCCGCAGUGUUCGAGAGUCGUUCUGCGUGA